AACGCUAGCUCAGCCUCUGUUCCAAAAAAAAAAAAGAAAAAACAAACGCUAGCUCAGCCCUCCUCUCUCUCUCUCAGCAACUUUCUCUCUCCUCUGCAAGUCCGUCCGUCUCUCAACCAUCCGCGAGACGAGCCGGCGAUGUCGUCGUCUCCUCCGCCCUCCUCCGCCGCCGCCUCGCCGUCGUGCCCAAAGAAGAUGAUCGCCCUCCGGAGCUCCGACGGGGAGACCUUCGAGAUCGAGGAGGCCGCCGCCCUGCAGUCCAAGACCCUCGAGAACAUGAUCGACGAGGACUGCGCCGGCACCCCGAUCCCGCUCCCGAACGUCACCGGCAAGAUCCUGGCCAAGGUCGUGGAGUUCUGCAGCAAGCACGCCGAGCCCGGCGUCGACGACGAGAGCCUCCGCGCCUGGGACGCCGAGUUCGUCAACGUCGAGCAGGCCACCGUCUUCGACUACAUCCUGGCUGCAAAUUUCCUGGAAAUUCCAACCUUGCUGAACUUGACAUGCAAUGUUGUGGCGGACAUGAUCCGGGGCAAAACUCCGGAUGAGAUACGCAAAUUUUUCAAUAUCAAAUCCAUAUUCUCACCGGAAGAGGAAGAAGAGGUGCGGAGGGAGAACCACUGGGCGUUCGAAUGAAAGCCUCAGCGAAUUCCUGGGUUUUUUCUUAUGUUAAUAUUAUGAAAGAGUUACUGCUUCUUUUCAUUGCCUUAUCUACGGAUGCUUGUUAACUGUUUACUCCACACACUGGGGACUUUCAUAAGAAUUUUUCUGACGUAAUACAGACAAACAUUCGAGCGAAAAUUUCACAGAUCUGAUAGUGGAGGUUUGAUCUUCCA